CAUUGUCUUUGUCUCAUUUAUUUUGACAAGGAAGGACACCGGUUAGAUAGCGUUUGCCUUUACAGCACCUGUAUUUGCUUGUGUUGCCACAAAAUACUCCGCUGUAUCAAAAAGACGAUGAUUUAUAACGUGCGGUGAAAGCUUUUCAACUGUAAUAAAACCUAAACCUCUGUCGAUUCGUGCUGAGAGAAUUUUGAGGUCCAUAGUGAUAGUAUUUGUACUACAUUAUAAUUGGAUGCAGUGUGCUCAUUGUUUGUUCAGAGUGCGCACUUAUAACAACAGUUUUAUACCGAAGAAAUCGCAAGAUCUUACUUGGGUAUGAUGUUAUUAAAUCAGUCAUUAAAGGUCAUAGCUCUAACGACUUUAUUUUGGUUCUCUGCCAUGGUAUUAAUGUUCAUGUCGCAUGAUGAUUUUACACGGAACUCGUUAGAAAUGCUCAAUGCUCCAUUGUAUCGCAAUGAUGACUAUAAAUUCAUGCACAAGGUCGGUGUUGAGCCUUUAAAGCCUAUAAAUCACGAUAUAAAAUAUCCCUGGCAGCAAGGAAGUCUAAAUAUUUCAAGACAGUAUAAAAAGAAUUCAGGAUAUUUAUCAAGUUUAUCAAAGAAAGUAGGAAAACUAAUACACGGGAAUCACAGACCUGUAUACGAUAAUAGCAAACUCAAAGAAACAGAUCCAUAUGCUUUAGGCGCUAUGGGCAAAGCAGCUUAUCUUGUUUCAGAGGAAGAUAAAAAAUUAGCACAAGACCGUUUCUCUGAUCACUCAUUCAAUUGGGUUUUAAGUGAUAAAAUUUCACUGGAUCGAACCUUAGAUGACUAUCGUGGCUCAAGAUGUAAAGCAAAGCAUAACAACUACCCAGAAAAGUUACCGACAACAAGUGUGAUCAUAUGUUUUCAUAAAGAGCGACUCUCUGUAUUACUACGUACAAUACACAGUGUUAUCAAUAGAACUCCACCAGAAUUAUUGGCUGAAGUUAUUGUUGUUGAUGAUUUCAGUGAAGAUGAUCGCCUUUCUGCACCUCUUGAUGAUGGUGUAAGGAACUUGCCUAAGGUGAAAGUUUUGAGGAACACAAAACGCGAAGGUCUUGUGCGAGCCCGAUUACGAGGCGCAAAUGAGGCUACAGGGGAUGUCCUGACAUUUCUUGACUCACAUUGUGAAGCCACACCAGGCUGGGCUGAACCAUUAUUAGCACGCAUUAAAGAAGACACCAGAAAUGUUGUAUGUCCUGCAAUUGAGGUCCUCAAUGCUGAUACGUUUGCCUAUCAAGCUUCAUCAAAUGCUGAACAGAGAGGAGGAUUUAACUGGGAUCUUUUCUUUAAAUGGAAAGGCAUACCUCCAGCAGAACAGAAACUAAGAAAAGAUGAUACCGAUCCAAUACGUACUCCAACUAUGGCUGGAGGAUUGUUUUCCAUAGACAGAAAAUAUUUCUUUCAUAUUGGAUCUUACGAUGAAGAAAUGGAUAUCUGGGGUGGUGAAAACCUGGAACUCUCAUUCCGUGUAUGGAUGUGUGGAGGAAGACUGGAAAUCAUUCCUUGUUCACGAGUUGGGCACGUGUUUCGUAAAGUAACAAGUCCAUACAAAUUCCCAAAUGGCGUGGAUAAAACAUUAAGUAAGAACUUUAAUCGUCUGGCAGAGGUGUGGAUGGAUGAAUAUAAAGAGUUGUACUAUAAUAAGAAACCGCAGAAUCGCCAUCGAGAUUUUGGCGAUAUCACUGAAAGAAAGAAACUACGAGAGAGAUUAAAGUGUCAUUCGUUCAAGUGGUAUUUAGACAAUGUUUAUCCUGAUAUCAGAAUGCCUGAACUCAACCCACCAGCGCAAGGGGAGGUUCGUAAUCCCGAAAGUAGUUUAUGUCUGGAUUCUCUUGGAAUGAAAUCAGGAAAUAAGUUAGGUUUAUACGGUUGCCAUGGUCAAGGAAAUAACCAGUAUUUCGUGUUCUCUUCACACGGCGAAAUCCUGUGGGAAAGCGAGAAUUGUGUCGAUAAUUCAAAGUAUGAACCUGGCGCCACCGUUGAUCUCAUUCCUUGUCAUGGUAUGGAAGGAAAUCAAAAAUGGACUCAUGACCGAAAAUCUGGCACAAUCAAACACGACGUCAGUGGCCAAUGUCUCGAUCGUGGUCCUUCAAUGGAUUCACAAAAUCCCGUAGUGAAUCCUUGUAAUGGAAGUCCUUCACAAGUUUGGGUUUUCUCAAGAUAUAAAACUGAAUAAACUUAAUUGAAAGUAAUACGGACGAUUCUUUAAUUUUGGAUUAUUGUAUAUUUAAAUGAAUUUUGUAGUAUUGGUAUAUAUACAUGCGUUAAAUACAUAAAGAUUUUCUAUUAG